GCAUCGACUGAGAGAGAGAGUGGUAGCGAUCGCCCUCCGCUUAUCUGAAGAAGAAGAAUCUCCACGGCAUCGGAGAAGGGCCAUGGUUCCCUUGCAGGCGCUGCAGUUCCGCCGCCCACCACCGACGCCACAUCCUCCUCCUCCUCCUCAACCCUCUCGGUCGGGAAGCUGUGUUCAAGGACAAAAAUAUAUAACAUGUUCAUCAUGGGUGACCAAAUCUAGGGAGGAGGUGAUUGCUAGACAUGUUUUGUCAUCCUUUGCUGCUGCUUCCAUUAUGUUCAUUUCCUCUUCAACCCAGGUUGUUGCUGCAGAACCAUCCCAUCAUGGGAGUUUAUGCCAGAUUGCAGCUGCUACUGACAAUGGUCCUGCUUCAAUACUCGAUGAAAUGCCAGAUGAGAGAAAUGCGAAUGUGAUGAUGAUGAUGAUGAGAGGCAUGACAGCCAAGAAUUUUGACCCAGUGAGAUAUUCUGGAAGAUGGUUUGAAGUGGCUUCACUUAAACGUGGAUUUGCUGGCCAGGGGCAGGAAGACUGCCAUUGCACACAGGGAAUAUAUACCUUUGAUGCUCAAACCCCAUCAAUCCAAGUAGACACCUUUUGUGUUCAUGGUGGCCCUGAUGGUUACAUCACUGGUAUAAGGGGAAGGGUCCAAUGUCUUUCUGAGGAGGGCAUGGAAAAAGCUGAAACUGAUUUGGAGAGACGAGAGAUGAUCAAAGAGAAAUGUUACCUUCGUUUUCCAACACUUCCGUUCAUACCUAAGGAGCCUUACGAUGUGAUCGCAACCGACUAUGAUAAUUUUUCUCUAGUAUCUGGUGCUAAAGACAGAAGCUUCAUUCAGAUCUACUCGAGGACUCCAAAUCCUGGACCAGAAUUCAUUGACAAGUACAAAACAUACUUGGAAAGUUUUGGGUAUGAUCCUGCUAAGAUAAAAGAUACUCCGCAGGACUGUGAAGUAAUGUCCAAUAGCCAAUUAGCUUUGAUGAUGUCAAUGUCCGGGAUGAAGGCAGCUCUGACGAAUCAAUUUCCAGAUCUAGAGUUAAAGGCACCAGUGGCACUUGACCCCUUCACCAGUGUUUUUGAGACAUUGAAAAAGCUUAUCGAGCUCUACUUGAGUAACCUGAAAGCUUGAUGUGUUUGUUGAUUGGUGUAUUGAAUGAUCUGUGAACAUUCUUUGCACUCUCAAAUUUUCUUCACUUUUUCUUGCUGUAUAUGUCAAGCUUGUCUUAAGAUUCAAACACUUCCAUGGGCUUCUAUUUGUAUCAGGUUCGGAUACAUUUAAACUAGUGUUUUCUCUUUUGUGGUAA